UCUAGGAAGUUGACGUUCGAAUUAUUGUUAUCUCGCAAUCGUAUGUAAUUAUAAUAAUCCGCAACUCUAAUUGAUAGCACGAGGAUUACUUAGUGUGUGUGCGCAUGUUUCUGCGAUACGAGCAUGCAUAAUUAACGCGCAGAGUCGUCUCCGGCGUCAGUCCUCAUCAUGACGCUGCUCCUGAUUCUUACUCUGGUGUCCGCGGCUUUCGCGGUGCCCUCCCCCUUCGCGCCGAUCAACGUCGACUAUCACCAAACAGAGGGUAUCCCGACGGCACAGCGCAUCUAUGCCGCUGAGACCGCGCAGGACUUCGAUGGCGGUCGUAUCGCCGGGGGCAGUUUCGCGCCGCUCGGGGCGCAUCCACACCUGGCGGGGCUGCUGAUCGCGCUGACGGUGGGGAAGACGUCGCUGUGCGGCGCGUCGCUGGUGAGCAACACGCGGCUGGUGACGGCGGCGCACUGCUGGCGGGAUCGCCGGUACCAAGGCUUCGAACUUACCGUAGUGCUGGGCUCGGUAACUGUGUUCUCAGGCGGCAGACGUAUAACAACGCGCUCCAUCGUGCUGCAUGGCGACUACAAUCCACAAAACCUCAAUAAUGACAUCGCUGUUAUCACCGUGCCCUGGGUCUCUUACACCAACGUCAUCCAGCCAGUCGCGCUGCCCACCGGGUUCCUCACCAUGCUCACGUUUGAGGGCAACUGGGCGCAAUUGGCCGGCUUUGGCGUCACUCACGACGAUGAAGACCUCACGACCGCGCAGACGCUGCGACAAGUGAACGUGAUGGUGGUGAACCAUAUCGACUGCGCUACCGUGUUCGGCUGGAACGUGCUGCCGUCCACGCUGUGCACCAGCAGGCGCGGCCGUGUCGGCGCCUGUGGGGGUGACUCUGGCGGCCCACUCACACUCACACUCUCCGGACAGCGCACACUGAUCGGUGUGACGUCAUUCCAUCACGCGGACGGAUGCAACAUCGGGUUACCGAGCGGGUACGCGCGCGUCACUUCGUUCGUGCCGUGGAUACAGGCGCGCCUGUGAGCGUCGCUCGCCGGCCGCGCCGGUCCGACCGCCCCCCGCCCCGCAGCGCCUCGCCGCGCCGCGCCGCUACACCAACGGACGUAGCACGAACAUCUUCAAUCAAGCACACAAAAUUCAUUGAUUUUUGUAAAAUAUAAUAUAUUGAAUACUCUUUG